AUGUCGCAAUUCAACAUCGUUAAUUCGAAAGAAGGAGUUCCCGGCGAUGGGACUACUCUACCGGUCGAAUUCACGCUUCAAGCCCAUCCAUCCACAGACAUCUGGUCCAAGCCCCCAAACACGCAAAGCUUCACAGCUCCAAUCCUCUACCAGAGUGUCCCGCUGCAGUCCUUCAAGCGGGCGCGUGUGGCCUUCGGCGCCCAGUGGAAACACAAGUACGACCAGGGCGGGCUAAUACUUGUCCUGCACAACAAGGAUGGCAGCCAGAAGUGGGUGAAGGCGGGUAUUGAGCUUACUCACGGCAAGCCCCACCUCAGCGCUGUCGCCAAGGACAACUGGUCGGAUUGGAGUUUGCUUCCUGUUCCGUCUGGGGGUGGAGCGGCAACGCUAGAGAUGGCCCGAGAGGCAGAUGAUAGUCUCUGGAUUUAUCUGGUUGAGGGCGUGCAGAAAUCGCCUAUUCGGGAGGUCACUUGGAUCUUCCAGGAGGAGAAUGUGAAGGAGUGUUGGGUUGGUGUUUAUGCGGCGAGACCGGGUACGGAGGGGGGUGAGCUGGAUGUUAACUUUGGACACUUGGUGAUAGAUUUGAAGUAA